AUGGAUGCUAUGUCAUUGUCUCAGAUCUUAACGAUCGCUUCGGGUAGAAUUCAAUAUAAUAUAGUUGAAAAUUAUUUUACCGAUUUCGUUAUGAAUGAACUAGUAAAGUUUAGAACACUUUGGAAGCUUCGCAUCAAGUUUAACGCUCAUGUGUUAUAUACAAAUAUAGCACAUGGAUUAGACGUAAAAGAUGUCUUAGUUUUAAUCACAUUUCAAUCAUUUUUACACACUUCACGACACGACUAA